AUGGAAGUCAUAUUGUGGGUUUUGCUCACUGUUGCAACCGUGUUUGCUGAUGAAAGUCAAGAAAGGCGCUCGAAGCUCCCAUACGUAGCUGAUGCUCUUGGAAACACAUUACCUCCACCAUCAAAUUUACCAGCAACUGUUGGAAGUCCUGUUAAUUUAUUGACACCAGAUAGAUAUGAAUUUUAUACCUUCGAUGAAUCAGGAGAACUAGUUAAGAGGUUAAUGACUUUGGAAGAAAUUCAGGCAAUCGUGGCAGCUGGUGAAGAGACCGAAGGCUUAGUGACAUUUGCAAAUGACAAUCAACCAACUAUUGCCUUUAAUUUUAGUCAACCACCAUAUACAAAAGUGCACAGCGUGGUAACUAAUGUCCAAAAUGUUUUAAAAGCUCAAAUGGAAGCACACAAGAAUAAACCACACACGCAGCCUACUUUAGACACACCUGAUGUUUCGGACUCAUGGAGCUUAAUUUUGCCAUCAAUAUUUGGAAAUACUGGGGUAGAUAUAACUCCUGAUAAAACAAUGGGAUCAUAUGUUACUCCAGAAACUGAUACUAUUGAUGAUAAUCAACCAGAAGAGGAUGAAAAUACAUUAAGCAAAGAAGCGCAAAUAUUAGUGGAAACAGUAGUUAGAGAUGAAAAUAAGUUCGAUAUGUCAAGCACAACGACAUCAACAAUAACAACAUCUAGACCAACCACAACAUCGAAGCGUAUUAUAAAGCCUCCUUCAAGUACAAUAAAAAUGACUACUACUAAAACUACUAUUCAACCAAAAACAACGACCAGCACCACUACUACAAGACCUAUUACGAAACCAAACUUACUUUCCUCAAGCAACGUUACACACAAAGGAUAUUCAACGUAUACUUCAACAACAAUAAGUUCAACUUCAAAACCGUCUUCAACCUCGAAAAAGCCUGUUUCCACAACUACUAAACCGAUUACUUCAACAAAAGUUUCAGAAAAUUUUGAAGUGACAAACGACCGAAUACACUCUUUUACUCAUUUAGCUCCCACUACUGAAAGAGGUGAUAUUCAGUACGAAAUGGUAAGCACAUAUAUUCCGGUUUCUACUGUUACUUAUUUAUCAGAAAAAGUAACAUAUAAACCAAAAGAAACAACGAAGAUUAUCCAAACUUUAGAAAAUAGUGACAGAAACUCCACCACGUCCUAUAUUAAUUCACCCACUGCUUGGAUGAUACACUCACAAUCAGAUAUGACUACAAAUAAAAUAAAGGAAACUACAGACAAUGACGUGUAUUCAUCUCAUGAUAAAAUUAAUUCUACGACUAUUACUACACAGUCUGUGUCACCUUCAACCACUGCAACAUCUACUGAGUUGGUUUCUCUUGAAAGUUCAUUGCAUCAAAAUAGUUCAAAAGAUAACGACAUAGGUUCUAACUCAAACAUUGCUAAUAAUAUUAAAGAAAACGACCCAACAUUGCCAUUGUUUGAUGUUGCUCAGAGUUUAAGCCAAAUAGCUUCUGAUCUAGGAGGUACAUAUAGACCUAUGGAAACAUCCAACAACUUUUUAGAGAGUACAAAAAUAACUAAUAUAGAUUUGGAGAGCAAGGAAAAUUUGGAAAUAGAAAUACCUCCUGAAACUGAAAAUAAUAAUGACAUAAAAAUUGGAACAAGCAAUAAAACCGACAAUUUUAUCAAAAUUUCAGUAAUAGAGCCUCACGGUAAUAAUGAGAGUACGAUAUCUAAUAUUGAAGAAAAUAAAAUUAUUGUUCCAAAUAAUACUCAGUUAGUAACAAAUGAAGUUACUACUUUAGAUCCUAUUUUGUCAGAAUCUAUGGGUGAUUUACUAUCUCAAGUAGUAAAUGAAAAACCUGAUAGUGACCAAAAUAUUGAAGAACUAUUAGAACAAGAAAUGGAAACAACGACAGUGGAAUUUACUACAGAAGCCACAACUGAGUAUAAUACGGCUAAUACAGAAGCAACAACUGAAGUUCUUUUUAUAGAAAAAAAUAUUCAUACGAGUAAUGACAUCAAUUCUGGGUUGGAUUUGAUGAAAAUGGAGAAUAAACAUAAAGAAAACGAUUUUGUUAUCGAAAAUAAUUCAAAUAGUACUAUAAUUAACAAUAGCACAAAACCCCUACUCGAUAUAUCUGGUGAAAUAAAUGAUAAAAAUGAAGAAAUUGUGAAAACUAAUGGUACAAUUAGUUCUGAUAAACAAUAUACGCCCCUAAAUUCAUCAACAGAAAUAAACAAAGAUAUAGAAGUUGAAAAUGAAAAAAGCGAAGAAUCUACACCAGUUACUACUAAGAAGAUUGAUGACCAACAGGUAUUAAAGUUGAAAAAUGAUAAUAACACUGUAAAUUCCACUUUACCUUCAUACAAGUCCGAUAUAAAUAAAGACUCUGAAAAGAGUGAUUACUUUAAAAAUCAAACAAAUUCAAUAGAAAAAAAGGAUUAUUAUAACAAAAAUAAAGACGAAGAUCAAGAACUUUUACCAAAAGUAGAAGAAUUUAAGAAGAAAAUUCAAAAAGUUAAUAUCGAUGAUAAAGAAUUGGGAACUGAUCGAAAUAAUUCAUGGAAAUUAAUACCUACAGUAUCACCACCUAAAACUCAUGAAAGUACUAAAUUUACUAAAAACAAACUCAAACCAGAUAUUUACAAUCACCAUGAAAAUAUUGAUGAUAAAAAUAUAGUUUUAGAAGUUUCUAAUGAAAACCAGGGAUUAGAAUUAACUACGAAAGAUUUAGGAGACGAUAUUGCAGAGUUUACUAAAUUGUGUAAUGAACUAGCAUUUCGUUAUUGGAACGACAUGAUUGAAACUAUUGACAAAAAGAGAAGCUUCGUCUUUUCUCCUUAUUCUAUUACUUCUAUGCUAGCUAUGAUGUUUAUGGGGGCUAAAGGCGCAACAUCAGGCGAAAUGAAUGAUAUACUUAAAUUGGACGAUAUGGUCACUUUCAAUCCACAUUUUACAUUAAAAAACAUUUCUGAUUCAAUCGAAACAACUCCAGCUGCAGGCGUUGUAGUAUCUGCAUUUAUCAGAGAGUUGUAUAGUGAUAGAAAUAAAGGUAAAAUUUUAACAUUUUACAAAGAACGAGCGCAACAUUUUUACAAUGGUCACGUCGAAGAGGUGAACUUUAAACUUAUCAGUGACAUAAUACGAAGACGUACAAAUUUACUAGUUAAGAGGUACACCUGGGGUAAAAUUAUGGAAUAUAUGAAAACAAACUCUAUUGUGAUGCAACCUCCCUUAGCGGCUUUUUCAGCUAAUAUUUUCCAAACGGACUGUUCUGAGACUUCAGUAGAUGGAAGAGAUGGAGAAAUGUACUUCGUUGUGUCACCGAAUGUGCGUCAAAGAAGACUAGUGCCUGUUCCUGCUGUAGUCUAUAAACAUAAUUUCUUAGCCGGCUACGACCCAGUGCUUGAUGCAACUGCUGCGGCUUUAGGGAAUGUCAAUUCCGUUGUUAGUACAUUAUUCGUUAUGCCUGGGCAACAAGGUAACAUUGUUCAUGCAGAAGAUCUAGAAGAUCUCGAAAAACGUUUAUUAAAUUCAAAUCCAAGUAAUCCAGCGUGGAACCGAUUGCUACGUACUUUACUUCCAAGAGUUGGAUUGGAACUGCAAAUUCCCAGAUUUUCUCACAAAUCUGUAUUUAACAUUUCUUCAACUUUAAAACGAAUGGGUCUAAAAGAUUUAUUUGACGCUGACCAUGCUGAUUUAGGUGGAUUAAAUGGACCAUCAAAGGAUCUCUAUUUAUCAGAUAUGAUUCAACAAUCAACAUUUACAACUUGCGGUGAAGGUGUAAUUGGAGAUCAACAUCAUAUUGAAGAGUAUCCAGAGAUAUUCGAGGUACAUAAACGUCGUUCUGCCAGAUGGAUUACUGGUUGGGAUGAACCGAGAGAUUACCAGAGAGCUUUCCAUGAUCCGCACGAUGUCGGAGAGGCUAUGCAUUUGCCUUUGCACCUUAGACCACGACAAGCGCGUCUUCCAGCAAGAAAUGCACAGCCGGCAAGAUUAAAGUUUGACAGACCAUUCCUGUUCUUCGUGAGACAUAAUCCAUCUGGCAUGAUUCUGUAUGUCGGCAAAUAUAAUCCGAGGCUUUUGCCUUGA